CAGCUUCAGUCCCUCCCCAAAUCUCAGCUACCCCUCGUCAUUCUGCUUACCAUCUACGGGUUGGCCUAGAAUGAGUGGUCCCGGCGAGGAGCGAUGGCGCGGAGGUCGGCCAUACGACCAGAACCGCCACUCGACGCAGAGACACUCCAACUCCCGCACCAUGAGCGCGCACGGUGGAUCUCGGGGAGGACAGAAUAACUGGGGAGAUUCGCGUGACCAGUUCGCUUCCGGGCCGCAGCAGGAGCAACAUGUCCCCGUGCGAGGCUUUAAUGCCGCGGAGUCCAAGGGAGCUCUCAAGAAAGGACCCGGAGAACCCAGACCGUAUUACUACAAACCUCAGGUGAAGGACGUGAAUAGUCGCACUAGCGGACCCUGGGGCGCAAAACCCAAUCAGAUGGCGAACGGGAAGGAUUUCUUCCUCGAGCUUCGGAAACAAGUGACGGCCCUGCAACAGGGGGGUGCGGUUCCAGGUGGUUGACUUGAUCAUUCUGGUACUCUGUACAAAGUCAGUCGAUCCUGGAACUGAGCCCGGGCGGUGGCGUCUCCGGCGAGGUUUGACGGUGUCUCAAGAGUCCGACAUGCCUGUCGCAGCUGGGGUGAGGAGAUGGGUUUUCCCUCUGGUGGCAUGCUGAUAAGCUGUCACGUUUGGAUACCGGAUUGGAACAAGGUCUGGCGCAGAUACUCGUCACUGACGAUUGGUGCGGUCCUGAGAAACCGGGGGGCAUCACGUCUAUGUAGGGUAGCACCUUCAGCUUGACCUCGAAUAGUAACGACACGGAAUGAGAUGUAAAUGAUUGCGUGGAUUCUGUACAGCUGCGAUCUGGCCCAG